AACAGUAAAAUUUAAAAAUGGCUGAUGAACCAGAGUUAAAACCACUCGAAAAUGAGGACCCUGAGGAUACUCCUGGAUAUAAACCACCAGCAAAAAAAAGUUUAGAUGAACUAAAAUCUAUGGAUCAAGAUGAUGAAUCUCUUGUUAAGUAUAAAGAAACAUUAUUGAAAGGCAUCGAUCCAAGUGCAGCUCCAAAAGAUGAUCCUCGUCAUGUUGUAGUUCAAAAGAUGACUUUUCUUUGUGAAGGAAGACCAAAUUUUGAGUUUGAUUUAACAGGUGACAUCAGUAAGCUUAAAGAUGUGGUAUUAGUUGUAAAAGAAGGUGUAGAGUUUAAAAUAAAGAUUGAAUUUAAGGUCCAACAUGAUAUUGUAUCCGGUCUUCGAUACCAUCAUACUGUGUCUAGAAAAUCAAUAGCUGUUGAUAAACAGUCUUAUAUGGUUGGAAGUUAUGGUCCAAGGGCUGAAACCUACGAAUUCACAUGUCCAGUUGAUGAAGCACCUAAAGGAAUGUUAGCGAGAGGUCAUUAUAAUAUUAAAAGCAAGUUUAUUGAUGAUGAUAAAAAUGUCCAUUUGGCUUGGGAAUGGUCGAUGGAUAUAAAAAAAGAUUGGGCAUAAAAUUUGUAUUAAUUUCAAAAAAGAUUUUUUUUGUCGUUUUUUAUA